UAGAAGUACUAGUAUAGUCAGGGUCAGGCAGCGGUAGGGCAGCUCCCUCCCCUUCUAUAUUCUCCAAUCAACGCCCAGAGAAAAAGGAGCCAGGAAAAGCAGCCGCGAGGUAGAGGAAAGGAAGAAACAUCAACUCCACCUCCACUCAGAGCAGUGCUCUCCUCUCCUCUAACGGUGAGAGAGAGGAUCGGAGAGAUGGCGUGGUGGGCAGGGAGCAUGGGCGGCCUGGAUCUCCGCAACCACCUGGCGCAGUUCGGCGGCCCAGCCCCUGCCGGCGGCGCUGCCAUGGGCGGCGCCGAGCAGGCCCCCACCACACCAAACAGCAGCGGGAGCAACAACCACGACGACUCCUCCGGCGCAGCGCAGGACUCCCCCACCGCCGGCGCCGGCGACAACUCCCCUAACCCCAACGCCGCCAUCUCGGGCUCAGGCCCAUCCGGCGGAGGCAGCGGCGGCGGGGGGUCGUCGUCGGGGCGGCGGCCGCGGGGCAGGCCCGCGGGGUCCAAGAACAAGCCCAAGCCGCCCAUCAUCAUCACGCGGGAGAGCCCCAACACGCUGCGCUCCCACGUGCUGGAGAUCGCCAGCGGCGCCGACAUCAUGGACGCCGUCGCCACAUUCGCGCGCCGGAGGCAGCGCGGCGUCUCCGUGCUCUCCGGCAGCGGCGUCGUCGGCAACGUCACCCUGCGCCAGCCCGCCGCCCCGCCCGGCUCCGUCGUCACGCUCCACGGCCGCUUCGAGAUCCUCUCCCUCUCCGGCGCCUUCCUCCCGUCGCCCUGCCCGCCUGGGGCCACCGGCCUCGCCGUCUACCUCGCCGGCGGGCAGGGCCAGGUCGUGGGGGGCACAGUCAUCGGGGAGCUCGUCGCGUCCGGGCCCGUCAUGGUCGUCGCGGCUACCUUCUCCAACGCCACCUACGAGCGCCUCCCGCUCGCCGAUGAAGAGCUUGGCGAGGCGGCCGCGGCGGCCACCGGAUCCGACGGCAUGCAGCUGCCGGACGGGCCGGCUCCGGGAGGAAACGGCGGGAUGGGUGCGGCCGUCGGCGUGCCCGGACUGCCAGACCCGUCGUCGAUGCCAUUCUACAACCUGCCGCCCAACCUGCAGAUGCCUAAUGGCGGCGGUCAGAUGGCGCACGAUGUGUUUGGUUCCUUCCGGCCGCCACCGCCGGCCUUCUAGCUCUAGCUAGCUAGCGAGCGAGGUGUUUCGACUCUCGAUCCCCCUCUUUUUCUUCUUGUUCCUUUCUUCUUUCUUUCCAGCUUCAAUGCUUCAUUCACAUAUCAGUGUUGUCAUCUCCCUGUUUUGUUUUAGGUGUUGCUAUACUGUUUAAUUACUAUAGUUAGAUUUGAUUGUUUGCCAGUGCGCUUAAUUACUACAGUAGCUCAUGGAUGAAUCAAGGAGAAACUGCAAUUUGGUCU